GACGUUUCAAAUGCAGGGCAGGGCUAAAACUAUAGGGAGUGGCUAGUUUGAUGUGUGCUGUCAAUCAUCAUGGGCCUAUACACACAAAAGAGUGUUUUAACAGUUUUUUACCGCCAACAUUUUUGUUUAAAACAUUAUAUUUAUAAUUUAAAACAUAGAUUAUCAACUCAACACAUUCAUAGAAACGACAAGUAUUUCAUCCUUACCAAAUGUACACACAAUUUCACUUUUAAUCCACAGAACAAUUUAACACUUUCUCUAUUUGCCACAGUGGUACUAAUAUGGAAACAAAAUUUGUAAACUUACACCCGAAAGUGGAGGUAAAAUAGCUGUUAUUCAAGUUAUAACAACUUGAUUUAUGAAUUGUUAUUCAUGACAUUCACGUUCCUGGCCAGUUAACACAGAAUAUUAAACAUUACUCAGACUGCUGAAAGAAAAACAAGUGCAUAUAGCUAACGUGAAAUUAACUAUUUUAAUCGUGCGUUUCUUGGAAGAACUGAAUGGUGUACUUUAGAGGCCUGUGUUAUUUAACUAUCAGGGUCCUUUCCUUAAGUACUGUAGCAAAUUACACCGCGCUGUCAUAUGGCCUUAAAAUCAUAUUAAAAUAUGUGUUGUGCUGGAUCUCGAGAUCUCAUGAAAUGAAUCCAUCCAUGAAGCCAGGCGCUUUCAACCAGACCCAACGCCGUAUGGAAGGCCUAAGCUCAUACUGAGACUGCCCGCCAUUUUGUCUCCUGUUUCUCGUCAGGUCGUCUGCCAACUCCGCGUCACCCAAUCAGGGCGCACAGAGAAACACAUGGUCCGCGGGGCUCCUCAAUACCCUCGCGUGCCGCACGCCCCAUUUCAAAUAAACACCCGGGUCCACUUGGCGCAGCGAGACCCGCCAUCUGCCCAAACAGAGCGCGCGGAAAAUAAAUGCCGCUCUCCUAAACAAAUAAACCCUCGCGCCAUUCAGAACGCGCGAGAUGGAAGCGCGGGAUAGGAAAAAACACGAUUUAUCCUCGCGAAGGGUAAACACGGCGACAGGUCUCUGAAUAUAUGAGCAGACCGGUGGAAUGGAGAGGUUUCACAGAGUAUAUAGUCAACAGAAAAGUAAUCAAGAGGAAAGUGUAGGCGAGGUCGUUUAGAGAAAUAAAUGAUAAAGUGGGCUGGAGUUAGCCUAUAUCAGUGUCAGACAUACUCCCAGGGCCCAUAUAGAAAAUGACUAUUUUAAAUGUUUUACAAAAAUAAACAGCAAACCUGCGCAUCAACCUUCGAUCCACUAGAGGACGAUAGAGCAUCAAAACGGCAGGAUCCGACCCUCAGAAAUGAGGUUCUGAGGCCUUGUUCCUGGCUUUCCUUUCCUCAUAUUUCAGGCUAUUCAUGAAAUCACAUGAAUCUGAGAUAUCUGCAGGGCGGAGAAUGAGAUGAUUGGCCAUCUUUGCGUUUUGUCGUGCAAGAGGCAGGGCUGUCAGAGAAAGCUGUCCUUUUAGGGACAUAAUUGAGGUGGGCAGGACGGCAUGUGUGGGCGUGAUAGGCCGAUUGUGUCAGAGAAAGCAAGAUUGACAGGAGUGACAGCUCCAUUUAUUGGCUGCUAGAGUCUACUCAGCAAAAGGGCAUUCAGGGCCACUGGCUGGCUCUGCUGGCGGCCUGUGCAGUCGGCGCCUGUAAUGCAUGAAGCCAUGGAGUCAUGGUAAACAGCAUAUCUCGCACAGGAAUUUUAUCCAACAUGGAGGAUGAAGAGAUUUCUCCUGAAAGGGGGAGAGAGAACGUUGGCAGCGGAGGAAAGAAGUGCCAUGGCGGGGAGUCUAAACAAGUGACAGACUGCUGAGCGGCCUCAAAACAUGAGCUGUCCAUCACCGAUAGAUUAUGAACGUCACGGUGGAUCCGGCAGGAUGAGUAAGUCAUUUUGUUCAUGUAAGUUAGAAUGAACCUCUCAGACAGUCUGAACUGAAAUGACUGUGGCCACCAGGAUCAAUGCAGUGUGGAUUUCAUGCUUGUCUAAUCACCGUUAUAAGAGAAGGUGCCAGUUCUCUUUCAUCCAGUAUGUUAAUGUAUCUUUCUUAAUGUCCGUAGCGAAGUAAUUCUGUUGUCGAUGCCGUUUGUGUCUCCUAACAGUGAGUCUUUGUGUGCUAGUCUGUUUUAAAUUGAAUGAACAGGAGUCAAAACUUCACAUAGACCCCGUUUACUCCUGGUAUUAAGUUUCGGGCCAUUACAAGUGGACAGCACUAAAUGCAGGUGUAAACAGGGUCCAAAACACACUGAAUUCUGAACCUAUAAAUCAAAUCAUAUUUAAAAUGCAUAUGACCAAACCACAUUUGAUGUAUAAGCACUAAUUUAAUGUGCCCAGACUACUUACCUGUCAAUCACUCAUCAUUUAAUACAAGUAAACUGAGAACAGCUGAGAAUUAUAUACAUUUGAGAAGCGUUUUACUAGCAGGUAUAGACUUGCCUAAGCACUUGAUUGGAUCAAACGGGACCUUGUUUAACUGAGCCAUAUUCACAAAGCAGUAGCAAGACAGUACUGGUGCACAUGGCACUAUUUGAGUGACCUUUUGUAAUCCCCAGACUGCUUUAAUGAGUUACAGGAUCCACUUUGUUCCAGCCCAGAGCUGCUUCCCUCCUCUCAAUCCUGGAGAGGCCUCUCUUUUACAACCUCAGGUGCUUCUGGAUACACUUAAUGCUCACUGUACGUCACCUGGGACUGCAUGGGGUCAAACCUUACCUGACCUCUCACUGGUCUCUGUGCUCAGCCAAAAAAAGAAAGAACGAGAGAGGAAGAAAUAGAAAAUGGCUUAUAAAGUCUCCAUAUUAUGUGGGACGAAUAAUUUCAUAUCUUUAGAUUUAGAUAGAAUGUGUGUUUUAUUAUACACAUUUUUAAGACAAGUGCAUUUACAUGUCUUCAGUGCUUUUAUUUAAUAUUUUAUUAAUCAAGAUGUUUUUUUCAUCUCUUAAAGAGCAUACAACAUAUUAUAUAUCCUUGUCCAAUUAAAAAAAAAAAAAAUCCACAAAUUUAUUUAAUAUUUUUCUUACAAUAAUUUGAUUAUCAUGGUUGAGCGGAUGAGCUUGACAAAUGCAGUAAAUGCUAAAAAUAAUAUUACUUUUUUUGUCAUAUUUUUAAGUAGGCAUUAUGUACUUUUUGUAAUGUUAUGUUUUUAGUCAUUAAAAUGUAUUUAUAAUUAAAACACUUCUUUAGAUAUCAUUUCUAUAGAUGUUGAUUUAUGAUGUUUUUAUUCACUAUGAUAGUGAUUGUGAUGAUUUUAACUAUUAGUCAAGCAAGCAAAUCAAAAUCCAUAUUUUCAUUGGGAAUAAAGACGUUUAACACUGCAUUUCAUGCUAUGUAAAAUUUAUGUUAGAUAAAAGAUUUAAUAUAGGUGUUAAACCAAAAAUAUAAUGUUUUAAAAAUGCCAUGAGACACUGAAGUGUACUGUAUUUUGUGGUAAGUGAAAGUAAAUCAAAGCUGCUAUUAAUAAACAACAACAAAACUACAUUAGCAAGAAGUUAUGAAGAUCAUUAGAAGUAGCUAAUUACUAAAUUAAUACUAUUAAUCUCGCUUUCAGCAGCAGUUACGAGCUUUACGUUAAAAUGCCUUAUGUAAACACUUGCAGCUAUAUAGCAAUCAUCUCAUCUUGACAGAUUAUGAGCUGUUUAUGAUGUAUUUGACAUGUUAGCCACUGUUAAAACUUUUAGAGUCCUCUUUUUAAACGCAUUUUACUUGUAUUUAAGUGUUUCAAGACGCACUCGUGAUGUUGACACGCCAGAGUGUCUUUAACUUUAAUCGAAAUGCCACGAGCGUGAAAGUCAUCAGGCUGUCACGGAUCUGCGCGUGGCCAUGACCGGCAUGAUAAAGAACCGGACGGUAUUUCGGCGAGGAAAACGGCUAAUGGGCGAAAGAUGAGGAGAAAAACAAUAGCAAAGCGCAUCCUGUACAAUGGAUACGAGGGAUACGAAGAGACACCAGAAGACACCGGCGCGAGGGCGAACCACGUCUUCAGUCAAGAACCGCCGAAGAGGAGAAAAUGGAGAGGACUGAAUGGAGAGGACAUCUCAUCUUGUAAUGCUGACUAUAUUAAGUUCAAAACAAAGGCUUUUGAGGUUGACAAGCCCCUUGGAGAUGCAACAAGGGAUGCAGAUUUUACUAUGGAGGUGCUCGGAAGCCUCCAAUCACGUUCAAGGGCGGAGCUUAUCGCCAUGGUGCUGAGUAUGCAAAGGGAGAUGGACGGCCUUCGAGAGCAAAUCAGGAGCCUAACAGCUUGUGGGAAGUUGGCUCAGACUCUUGAGGAGUUGAUCGAGAGGAGUGAUAGAUGGCUGUGUGGCAGCCACGAAGCUGCAACUCCCAGCAUUCCAAGGGAGCCCGAGAGAAGCAGGCCACCCAGUCACAUUUCUUCUCCAACAGUGCUUAGUGGAAGAACAGAUGAAUGUGCAAGUUCAGAGCAGCAGGGGUGUGGUCAGUAUGAGGUCACACAAACAAUGCAAACGCAAAGGAAUGGAACGCUUCUGGAACAAAAAGUUAUCACUGCUGAUCUUCUGGAGCGCUGCAACACAGGGACCACCGCUCAGAAACUCACCAAUGACCUGCUGCGCAGCCUGUACGACAGAGACUGUCUGGCUUCUCACUCAAUCUCAGGCAUCGUUAACAGCAAGCGAGGGACGCCCAAGCCAGCUCUUCCGGCACAUGAGAUCCAGGCCAUUCUGAGGACAGUGCAGCGGUUCUUCCCUGGAAAGACGGAUUCGGAAAUAAAGGGCUACAUUCGGCAGAAGCUUCAGAAUGAGGCCAAGAGGCUUCGGAAAAGGCCGCACCCAGCUGAUGAUCCAUUGGUGGGCUCUUUUAAAGAGGCAGGAACGACGUUUGAGCAUUGAGUGUUGACUUUCUUUGGACAUCCCCAAUGAACUUAGUUAAAGAAUUUAAAAUUGACAAUGAGUUCUACCAUCAUUCACUCAGUUUUCAUUUAUUACAGUUCCAAACCCUUAUGCAUACAGGUUUCGAACGACAUGAGGGUGAGUAAAUUAUGACAGAAUUUUAAUUUUGAGUAAGGCUGCACAAUUAAUCUAAAUAAAACCAAAAUCACUAUGCGACUUAGUGUGAUUAUCAAAUCUCGAAGACUGUGAUUUAAUUACAUAAGUACAUGCUCUGUGUGUUUCAGAGUGAAACGCAGAACUGUAUUCAUUUACACGCGAGCAGUUCAUGAUCUGGUGUUUUCGGUGUCUCUGAGUGGCCUGGUUUGCAGUAAAUGUAGCACCACUCAAACUCUCUGCAUGUGUUGUGAGUUUGGGUCGCUUAUCCACCUUAUUACUGACAAGCCUACUGCAUUUUGAAUUAUGGGUUGCACUUCCAGUUUGGGAAACUUCCAUUCGAGAAGACUGAAACUAAUUAUUUCAAAAUCAAAAGGUUUGACUGAAUGAGCUGUCGAUUUUCCUUCAUGUUUUAUUUUCAGACAUCAUGAGAAUAACAUAACGCUUGGUAUUUUAAUGUGACAUGUUAUAACAAGAAGAUCUAUGGCAAGAGAUCAUUUCAGUCAUGGCAUUCUUUUCCUCAUGAUUAUUUUUCCCCUUUUCUUUCCGCUGUAACAGUAUGAAAAAGGACAACAUACUGCGCGUUUGUGGUCUGUUCUCCUGAUUUAAUAUACGAUAUAUCCCAUUAAUAAUUCACUGGAAUGCACAAAGAUUGUCUCGUUUCUCAUCUCUUUCCAGGUUUGUUCUCAUGGGUAAAUACAAUUUAUUAUCCGUCAAAAUGACGGAAAUCACUUUGAAAUAGUAUCACGCAAUGCUGACGUUAACGAACAUUUUUGAUUAAAGCAACACGUUACAUAAUACAGAUAUAUAUUUCUACAGUGAUAUUUAACCCGUUCGUUAUUGCUGGUACCUUGUUGAUGCUUUUACACUUUUAAAUGUCCUUUUAAUGUUCGACGGUUGCAGGGUGAGUAGAAUAAUGUCGUCAUAUUGUACCCAGUUUAAAAAAACAUGUUAUUGCGUUCAUAGAGCAAGCCUUUCACUGAUUGUUUACAGCUUAACGGAAGUUGCACCCAUAAUUCGAGCAUGGGGUGUAGGGAUAAGGUGGACAACAUGCAUUUGGGAACGUAACCAUUGACCCAAACUUGUAAUGAGAAGCCCUUAUAAAACAACUUGCGUCAGCAAAAAGCUUUUAAAAUUAAGAAAUCAAGACAGCCAUAAAUAUUAGUAUUGUAAUUUUUACAGUUGUACUGUAAAAUAAUUAUUAUUGAAUUAAAUAUUCUCCUUUAAAUUCUCUUUUUAUUUUAUUUUACAAUUAAAUAUAACAAUGGUAAUAUUUGUCAUUCUGUUAAAAUUUUUUAGUACAUUAUUAUUAAUAUUUAAUUAAUUAUUAUUAUUAUUGAUUAGUAAUUUAUCACAUUAAGUUGCAAUUUUUAUCAGAAAAUCGCAAUUUGAUUUCUUCCCCAAAUCGUGCAGCCCUAUUUUUGAGUGACUAAAUCCCUUUAAGGUCGUAUUUGUAAGCUGUAGAGCACACGACAAACUAUGUGUGUAUGAUCUUUAUCAUUUUGAUUACCCAAAACUGUGACUUUGUAUUGAUUUGAAAUUGCAAAAUGAACCCUGGAGGCACAGUUAGAAGUAGAUGGAAAACAGUAUCUUCGGUGUACCUCCAGCAUCACUGCCAGACGUUAUCACACACUGUUUGUCGUGCGCUAAAACUUCGAACGAAGUAGACUAAAGCUGUGAACACAGUGGCAGAUGGUUAAGCAUCGCUCUCCUGUAAAAUUACAUGGAUGUCACUUGGUAGGGGGGUUACAUCGUGAUUGAUGUAGUUCAGACUUGUGGUAUUUUAGUCGAUCACAUGUUGAAAGUGUGCCCCGGCGUGUAAUGUGAAUAUAUAUUUUUUCUGUGUAAUGUGAAAUACACACGUGCCUCCUAUAUUGGACUCCUUACUGUGGCCUUAUCAGUCAGAAAACGCAGCAGUACAGUUCUCAUUUCGAAACCACUGUGAUUAUAUCUAUUAAAAAACAACUUGUCUGUCUUGAAUGUGUGGCGUCUUUUUUUUGUCUUGAUUGCAGAUUCUGUUCGCAGAAGCUUAUUGAAUCGGCUGCUUGUAAACGUACAGGUUUUUUACCUUUCCAGACAGAAGCACGCAGGCUCCUGAAGGCCAACGGCUGUGUGAGUAAAUUAACCCCGCACUCACCAGCUGUAUCACUGCACACACCCCUUUCUGGGGGAAAAAAACACAUCACCGAACACAUGGCACAAAGGACGGCGUGGGAACUGCAUAUGGUACAUAAUCAAUAGGCCUUAUCGCGCACACACAACCCGAACUGCAGACACACCAGCAUUGGGCUAGACCAUUAUCAGUGAUACAUGACCCUAAUCCAUUUAUGUGUCAAUGAUACAACAGAUUGGGGUUCGGGAAAACAGCGGCGUGGCACUGGGGACGAUAUCUUCACCGAUCCAGCCAUCUUACAGACCUUGCCUAUAUUUCCACUCACUAGAUCUGCUAACAGCAAAUCAAUGGGCUUCUUUUGUUUCUGCAGGUUCAGACAUCCUCAUUGUGUCAUUGUGUUAUCGGCGCCGUGGUGUGUGUGUGUGUGUGUGUAAAUCGCUUUGAAUAUGCCACCAGGAUAGAGGCCUCUCCCAGAAUGUUUUCUUUUUCUAAUGUGAGGAUGUAAACGUUGCAAGGAAGCGAAUAUUUCAAACGGUGUUACAGUGCGGCUAUUUGAUCUCUUGAAGGCUCGAGUUGAUUUACGAAUAUGAAAAGUGCUUCAGCUGGAUUCGCCAAUAUUUUCACUGCGCAGUCAAAGAAAACUUCAAAGUUGAAGGUUGGAGCGUUAAACAGUCCUCCGGGCUCGCAUCCUUCUCUGAAGGGGCCAAGGCAAACACGCCUCGGCCCUCCGCGGGGCUCUCGCUAAACCUGGGUAAAAGCAGCAGGGAAGACAACUGAAAUUAAACGUUUGCAGAACGCAGGAGAAACGCCUCCUCCUGUAGGCCCAUGCGUUUCCCGCAGAGCUGUAAUAUGUCAUCUGGGCAGCCACUUCGGUGGAGGACAUAUCCCACAAUGCCCUGCAAGGCAGGGUGCCACAGUACCCGUUGCGGCUCACUAACGUGCCUCCACGUGCCAUCUUAACUUUUCAUUUGUCUUCUUCUACCUGUCAAGUGGAGGAAAAAAUUGUAUGGAGGAAACGAUCCUCCUCAGAGGGAUCAUGAUCUCAGUUGUACUUCUGUGCAUGAAAUGACAUUGCACUUCUAUUCAGUGGUCCACAAGCAUCUUAAGAUGAGCAGAAAAAGUCUAAUUCAGUCAUCUCAAUCCCAGUCAUAACAUAUAUUCUAUACGUUUCAGGGACUAGACUCUGAAAUUUAGGAUUACAUGUACAUUUUCUUGUGUGUGUGUAUAAUAUAAGAGCUAUAUAUUGCUUUGCUUUCAUUUGUUUUGCUUUGUUUUGUUUGGACCAAACCACUAUUUUUGUUUGUUUUCUAUUUCUAUUUGUUGUAAGCUUUUUGUUUUUUGUCUGGAACUUUUAUAUGUGUAAUAUAAGCCUAAACCACUGUUUUUUGCCCCCACCCCCCACACACUUUGUUUUGAUUCGUCUGGAUCUUUUGUAUGUAUAAUAUCCAUAUAAAACCAUCGUUUUUUUGGUUUAUUUGUUCAAUUUGCUUUGUUUUGUCUUGCUCUUUUGUAAAAUAUAAGCUCAAAAUGAUAUUUCUUUUAAGCCCACAUUUUUGGUUUGUUUUUCGCUUUGUUUUUGUUUGGAUCUUUUGUAUUUAUAUAAAAGACUAAACUGCUGUUUUUUGGUUUGUUUCUUUGCCUAGUUUUGUUUUGAUCUUGCAUUUGUGUAAUACAAGAUCAAACAGUCAUCCUGUGUUUUGUUUUGACCUUGUACAAGUACACAUAUAAGUCUAGACAGCUGUUUUGUUUUGCAUUGCAUACUUUUUGUUUUGUUUGGAUCUUAUGUAUAAUAUCUGUAUAACAACAUCAAUUUUUUUUUUAUUUGGUUUGUUUUGGGUUUAUUUGUUCACUUUGCUUUGUUUUGUCUUGCUCUUUUGUAAAAUAUAAGCUCAAAAUGAUAUUUCUUUUAAGCCCACAUUAAUGUUUUUUUGGUUUGUUUUUCGCUUUGUUUUUGUUUGGAUCUUUUGUAUUUAUAUAAAAGACUAAACUGCUGUUUUUUGGUUUGUUUCUUUGCCUAGUUUUGUUUUGAUCUUGCAUUUGUGUAAUACAAGAUCAAACAGUCAUCCUGUGUUUUGACCUUGUACAAGUCCACAUGUAAGUCUAGACAGCUGUUUUGUUUUGCAUUGCAUUGCAUACUUUUUGUUUUGUUUGGAUCUUAUGUAUAAUAUCUGUAUUUUUUAUUUUUUUUUGGUUUGUUUUGGGUUUAUUUGUUCACUUUGAUUUGUUUUGUCUUGUGCUUUUGUAAAAUAUAAGCUCAAACCGGCAUUUUUUAAGCCCACACUAAUGUUUUUUGGUUUGUUUUGUCUGGAUAUUUUGUAUGUAUAAUUGCUUAAAUUACCAUUUUUUGGUUUGUUUUUCGCUUUUCUUUGUUUUGUUUGGAUCUUUUGUAUCUAUAAUAAAAGACUAAACUGCUGUUUUUUUGUUUUAUUUCUUUGCCUAGUUUUGUUUUGUUUUGUUGUUGCAUUUGUGUAAUACAAGAUCAAACAGUCAUUCUGUGUUUUAUUUUCACCUGGUAUAAGUCCAGACAGCUGUUUUGUUUUGUUUCUUUGCCUAGUUUUGUUUUGUUGUUGCAUUUGUGUAAUACAAGAUCAAACAGUCAUUCUGUGUUUUAUUUUCACCUUGUAUAAGUCCAGACAGCUGUUUUGUUUUGUUUUGCAUUGCAUACUUUUUGUUUUGUUUGGAUCUUUUGUGUGCAUAGUUCAAACAGCUGUUUUUUUGUUUGUUUUGUUGUGAUCUUGCAUUUGUGUAAUACAAAUUCAAAUGAUGUGUGCUGUGUUUUGACUUGAUCUUGUAUAUGUGCAAUGUAAAGUCCAAGCAGGUGUUUUGUUUUUAUUUUUUGUUUCUUUGCUAUACUUUGUUUUGUUUGGUUUUUGCAUAUGUGUAAUACAAAACCCAGCUGUGUUGCAUUGUGUUGUUUUUUUGAACAACAGACACAUUCUUCAAUAAACCUCAGUACUGUUUUAAUUAGAGGUCCUUGACUCAUCUUGGGAAUCUUGUUGUUCUGUCUGUCAUGGUGGUAGGACAAGGAAAGACCAGCUGUCAUGUUUCCAAAUCAACAAAGGCUGUUUUUAUAUGCAUUCUCUUGGGCUGAGUGUGAUUUUUCCACCAGCGAGACAGAGAAAUCCAUUCGUAAAGAUGCAACGAUCUGAGCACAGUUGACA